GAGACUGGGCAAGCACAGCUUCCUCGCCCAGCUAUAUAGGCGGCUGCCCUCUCUUGCCCAUCGGUCGGUCGUCGGUCCCGCUGCCAGUCUUCCCUCAGGUCCCGGUCCCGCCGCCGCCGCCAUCACCGCCGGUUAAGGCUCAGACGCUGCCCGGCUCUCCUACUUUUCCAGAGAUGAUGGAUUACUCCUACGACGAUGAUCUGGACGAGCUUUGCCCAGUCUGCGGAGACAAGGUCUCCGGCUAUCACUACGGGCUGCUCACCUGCGAGAGUUGCAAGGGCUUCUUCAAGAGAACCGUGCAGAACAGCAAGCACUACACGUGUACGGAGAACCAGAACUGCAAGAUCGACAAGACGCAGCGCAAGAGGUGUCCCUAUUGCCGCUUCCAGAAGUGCCUCGUGGUGGGCAUGAAACUCGAAGCCGUGCGCGCCGACCGCAUGCGGGGUGGCCGGAACAAGUUCGGGCCCAUGUACAAGCGGGACCGAGCCAUGAAACAGCAGAAGAAGGCGCUGAUCCGCGCCAACAGCUUCAAACUGGAGACCGCCCAGCCGCCCAUCGUGUCCCCGGUGCAGGCGGCGGCGGCGGCGGCGGAGUACGGCGGGCUGUCGGCCUCGCUGCACGGCCUGAGCCACCACCACCAGCAGCCUGGGGUGGCAAAGGCGCUGCCCCCGCCCGGCAGUGGCAGCAGCAGCUCCAGCAGCUCCGGCAGCGGUGGCGGUGGCAGCGGGAUAAGCAGCUCCACCGCCAUGGCGCCCGUCGACUACGAGCGCAGCUCUUACGGGACGCCCGCGCUGGCCAUGCCGGUGCCCUCGGGUCACGGGCCGCUCUCGGGUUACCACUACCAGUCCUUCGCCAACCGGGCCAUCAAGUCCGAGUUCCCGGACCCAUACGCGACGCAUCCAAACGAGGCAGCCCCGCCGUACCCCUACCCGGAGGUCUACCCCAAUGGCGGCUCCGCAGCCACUGGGGGCGACUUGCCCGACGUGAUCCUGAAGUUGCUGCAGCAGGAGCCCGACGAGGCGCAACUCAAGGCCCGCAUCCUGGCCUGCCUGCAGGAGGAGCAGAGCAAGGCCCGCCACGAGAAGCUCAGCGCCUUUGGCAUCAUGUGUAAGAUGGCGGAUCAGACCCUCUUCGCCAUCGUGGAGUGGGCGCGCAGCUGCAUCUUCUUCAAAGAGCUGGAGGUGGGUGACCAGAUGAAGCUGCUGCAAAACUGCUGGAGUGAGCUGCUGGUCUUUGACUACAUUUUCCGCCAAGUGCGUCACGGGAAGGAGCACAGCAUCCUGCUGGUGACAGGCCAGGAGGUGAACGUGUCGACCGUUACCAUGCAGGCGGGAUCCAUCCUGAACAACUUGAUGCUGAGAGCGCACCAGCUGGUGGCUCACCUGCAUUCUCUCCAGGUGGACAGGCAGGAGUUUGUCUGCUUGAAGUUCCUCAUCCUUUUCAGCCUUGAUGUGAAAUACUUGGAGAAUUCGAGUGUAGUGAAGGAAGCCCAGGAGAAGGCUCACGCAGCCCUGAUGCAGUACACCGUCUGCAACUACCCGCACGCCACAGACAAGUUCCACCAGCUUCUGAUGCAUCUGUCUGACAUCCGGUCCCUGAGCAUGCAAGCGGAGGAGUACCUGUACCACAAGCACCUGAGCGGGGACGUGCCCUGCAACAACCUCCUGAUUGAGAUGCUGCACGCCAAGCGGAGUUGAGAGCGCCCGGAAAGGCUCUCCGUCCCCCUUUUGUCUGGGGAAGAGACUCAUGGCAGCAGAGGGGCAAGGGUGGUGGCAGGGAGGAAG